CGGAAAGCCGACAACGCCGGUCAUGUGCAGCAGUCAGUCAGUUAGUUAAUGGCUCAAGACCGGAGUACAUCUACUCAGAUCGACCGCGUUGUCCGAUACCUCGGCAAUUCUAGAUCUCGGCUAGAAUAAUUACCCACGAAUUACAGGUGUGAUUUGCAAUGAACUCAGCUGUGGUAUUGGUAAUAGUUAUGUUGCUGGCCAGCCACGUUAGCAGCUCACCAAUCAUAAAUUUUUCGUGGGACACGCCGAGGCAUUUUUGUGGAUCACAACUCGCCAACGUAUUGGCGUUGAUCUGCAGCAAUGGAUACAAUUUCCAUCCGGCGAGUGAUGAUGUUACAGUCCCAAGCCGUCGUCGAAAAAGAGUAAUAGUCGAAGAGUGCUGCGAGAACACUUGCACUCCAAAACACUUAAAAUCCUACUGCUGGGAAAAUCGAAGGUCUGAUACUCGGAGUGUUUUGGAACCGUCCGCGUCUGUAGAGAAACCCUUGGUAGACAAAAACGUGAAACCCCAGAAAGACCCCACGAGUAACACACUGUCCCAAAGCCAAAGCAACAGUCUGCUGCAGACUGAGCACACGACUGCCAAAACGAAAUCUAAUAGUAUUAUACCCAAUUCUAGAGAGCUCGGUAGGCAAAACAACAUUAAGACUAUUAAAUACAACACGGUCUCGUACGUCCCAAAGAAAGAAGCGGUGAUCGUCCAGGACCCGGUGCCAGGACGAGUGAAAACUGUAACACCAUAUUUUGACAAAAUGCCAUCGGUCAUCGUUACUAAAACCACGCAACACUGAAACUCGGGAAUAACACUGCGGCGCCUGCAGCUCGUCUUUCAUUUUGACCUUCCAUCGUCAACACUCAUCGAAAUCUCUAUCACUGUUUGGUUCUACACUAUACGUAUACAAUAUGUCGUGUAUAACGUUUCAUGUACAGUUUUAUUUUUCUUUGUAACAAAGCGCCGCGAAAAACCGAAGAAUUAAAAACAAAAUAUUGACUAAA